AUAUUGAAUAAAGCCCCCGAAAAACGGAAAAACGAAAAAAAAAAACCACCGUCGAACUCUUCUUGUUUACCAGCCUUUUCCCAUCCCUCUCUAAUUCGUUUGCGCCGGUCCCGGAGGUGCGUCUCGCUUUUUCCCGGCCGCCGGAGAUGCCAGCGUCGGCGACGGCAAACCGGCCGGAGGAGCUGGUGGAGCGCCUCGGCGUGGGCGGCGCCGCCGCGGAGGGGGAGGCCCUGCUGAAGGCGCUGAGGGAGGUGAAGAACCAGAUCAUCGGAAACAAGACCAAGAAGCUCCUCUACCUCCACCUCGGCGCCGUCCCCAGGAUCGUCUCCGUCCUUGCUUCCGCCGAGGGCGGCGGCGAUGCCGCACUAAUUGUCCAGGCGGCCGCCGCGAUAGGCAGCUUUGCGUGUGGAGUGGAGGAUGGAGUUCGGGCGGUUCUUGACGCCGAUGCCGUUCCCCAACUCACCCGUAUAUUGUCCUACCCUGAUGAGAAGGUUGUGGAUGCAGGAGCACGGUCACUUAGAAUGAUAUUCCAGUCAAAGUUGACACCAAAAUAUGAUGUACUUCAAGAGAAAAACAUGAAAUUUCUUCUAUCACUUUUAUACAGAGAGAAUGAAAAUGUGACUGAACUUGCAGCAAGUAUUAUAGCACACUCUUGUGAAAGACAUGAAGAGCAGAAGGCACUCUGCGAUGCUGGUGUUUUGCAGAGGCUUGUUAAAUUACUUGGGGGACCUCUAAAUCAAAGGGAUGCUUGUUUAGAAUCUAUAGAAGCAAUUGUCAGGAAUAACUCUGAAGUUGCUCAAAAAUUUGCAUGUAUCGACAACGGGAAAGCUUUGAGUUCUUUGAUUGAGUUAAUACAGGACAGGUAUCCUAGGACAAGAUUGCUUGCCUGUAUAUGCUUGAUUGCUAUCAGGCAUGCUUCUCCUUGUUAUGUGCAAGAGAUGCAAAUCAAAACUAAACUAAUACUAAUAUUAAUCGAGCUCCUUGAAGAACCUGGUAAAGCAGGGGAUGAGGCUCCAUUUGCAUUGACAAAUCUAAUAAUGGAUGAGGAGGAGUUACAUAAGCAGGCCAUUUCUAUUAAUGCAGUUGAGAAGCUCUGCAAUUUCUUUUAUAAGGGUCCAAUAGAGGCUAGGCGUCUCCAGGGAAUAUUGCUUGCACUAGCUGAGCUUUGCUCAAAAUUGGAAAAGUGUAGAUCUCAGCUUAUAUCUCUGCAGGUGUUAAACUUUAUUGUCGAUGCACUAAAGCAUGAUUGCACUGAUGUUCGUACUGCAGCAUGCAGCUGUAUAAGGAACAUUUCACGAUCACUGAAGAAUCUGAGUGCAGGCCAUCUUUCCAGUGAAACUGUUGUUGUUCCUUUGGUCCAGCUUUUGCACGACGAAUCUAGUUCUGUACAGGUUGCUGCGCUUGGUGCUAUCUGCAAUGUGGCUGUCAACUUUGCAACUCGAAAGUCUGUUUUUAUUCAAUGUGGAGGUGUUUCACAGCUUGUUCAACUAGCCAAGUCCAUGGAUUCAACACUCAGACUGAAAUCUGUAUGGGCUCUGAGGAACCUGAUGUUCCUUGCAGACAGAAAAGAUAAAGAAUGUGUUCUUAUGGAGCUAACAGUAUCCAAUCUGGCUAGCCUAAUAUGUGAUUCUGAACAUCCUAUUCAAGAGCAGGCCUUGACGCUGGUUAGCAAUCUCAUUGAUGGAUGUGGAGACACUUUUGAGCAUGCUUUUGCAGAAGAUAGUGCCAUUAUAAAUGCUCUCACUAGAAUAUUACAUAGUGCUUCCUCUCCAGGAGUAUGCAUGCAGGCUUGCAACCAAGAAGCAGAAUCUACUAAUACUUUAGUACAGGUCUUGCACCUGUUUGCAAUGCAUAGCCUCAGAGAUCUGAUCAGAACUUUUUAUAGGUGCAUAGAAAUGCUACCAAUAAAAGGAAUGUUUUUGCUUGCUAAUAUUGCGGCUGGGAAUGAGUUUCAUAAGGAGGUGGUGUUGAAUUGUCUUGUUCCACCGCAACCAAAUGGGAACAACCCCUCGUUCAUUAUUAAGUUUUUGCAGAGCAAGGAAAAUUUACUAAGAGUGGCUUCUGUGUGGUGCAUAGUUAACCUAACCUAUCGAGAUGGUUUAUGCUCAUCUACUAGGGUUGCAAGACUCCGAGAUGCUGGGAUAAUAUCUCAAAUAAAAACUAUGGUCAAUGAUCCCUGCUUGGAUUGCAAGCUUCGAGUCAGAAUGGCUCUUGAGCAGUGUAUGGAUUUUGAGAACAGUGAGCACGUCCAUUAAUCUCAGCUUUUUGUUGUAUAGUUUGACAGUUCUUUUGAAAGAAUGGAAUGGAUUAAUGCUUUGUCUCUUUGGAGGACCAUCUCGGUUCCGGUCAAAGGAAUUUAAUGCUUUCAAAGCCAAAAGCUGAGAAAAACUUGGAUGGUAGAUGCUGGUUUUGAUCAAGGGGACUUUCAAGGGGCUUAGGUGAGUUCUAUGAGCUCCAUGUAACAUGUUAUAUUUGUUCUUUAAAAUAUUUUGUUUUCAUAUGCUUGAUCCAAACUACAGAAUUUUCUGGGGAGCUGCUGUUAUAGCCUUGAGAUGCAAUGUCCAUCCUCCUUGUAGUCCAUUCCUACUGUAAUUGUGUUGGUGCAGGAACCAUGUGUGCCUGUAAGUGAUAACUCGCUUCCAAAGAGAGCGCUACAACUUCUGGAAAUUUGUGUUUGGUCGAGUGAACUGAUUUUCGUAUUGCCCUACAAACUGAUUUUUGUUUCCCUAUAAAGUCGGCAGAGAGCCUACCAAUUUUGUGUA